UCCUCUAGGGUCCAUUCAUUGUAGACUUUACCAUUUAAGAUCACGAAAUACAGAUACUAGCCUACUCGUCAUCUGCAAUUGACAAAUGAGGAAUGUGAACUUGGUGAAAGCAUUCAGGAAAACAGGGCUACUCCCCUGUGUGAUAACGGCACCUUGCCCCCUCAGAUGAAGAGCGCCUCGCCGCGUCACGGAUCCGCCUCAGACACCGCGCACCUCAGCAGCGACCACGCACCAGACUUGUCCCUUUACAUUGAAUAAACUCGACGAGCAAAAUGCGUGAGUGUAUCUCCAUCCAUGUGGGUCAGGCCGGUGUCCAGAUUGGCAAUGCAUGCUGGGAACUCUACUGUCUGGAGCAUGGGAUCCAGCCUGAUGGGCAGAUGCCCAGUGAUAAAGCCAUCGGAGGAGGAGAUGAUUCCUUCAACACCUUCUUCAGUGAGACUGGAGCUGGGAAGCACGUCCCCAGGGCUGUUUUUGUAGACCUGGAGCCAACUGUCAUUGAUGAGGUGCGCUCUGGGAUCUACCGCCAGCUGUUCCACCCUGAGCAGCUGAUUACUGGUAAGGAGGAUGCAGCCAACAACUACGCCCGUGGACACUACACCAUCGGCAAGGAGAUCAUCGACUUGGUGCUGGACAGGGUCCGCAAGCUGUCUGACCAGUGCACUGGGCUCCAGGGCUUCCUGGUGUUCCACAGCUUUGGAGGUGGCACCGGUUCUGGUUUCACCUCCCUGCUGAUGGAGCGUCUAUCAGUUGACUAUGGCAAGAAGUCCAAGCUGGAGUUCUCCAUCUACCCAGCUCCACAGGUCUCCACUGCUGUGGUGGAGCCCUACAACGCCAUCCUCACCACGCACACCACCCUAGAGCACUCUGACUGUGCCUUCAUGGUAGACAAUGAGGCCAUCUAUGAUAUUUGCCGUAGGAACCUAGAUAUUGAGCGUCCUUCCUAUACCAACCUCAACAGGCUGAUCAGUCAGAUUGUGUCCUCCAUCACUGCUUCCCUCCGUUUUGAUGGUGCUCUUAACGUUGAUCUGACAGAGUUCCAGACCAACUUGGUGCCCUAUCCCCGUAUUCAUUUCCCUCUGGCCACCUAUGCCCCGGUCAUCUCUGCUGAGAAGGCAUACCAUGAGCAGCUCUCUGUGGGUGAAAUCACCAAUGCCUGCUUUGAGCCGGCCAAUCAGAUGGUGAAAUGCGACCCACGCCACGGCAAAUACAUGGCCUGCUGCCUUUUGUACCGUGGUGAUGUGGUGCCCAAAGAUGUCAAUGCUGCCAUUGCCUCCAUUAAAACCAAACGCUCGAUUCAGUUCGUAGACUGGUGCCCAACUGGUUUCAAGGUUGGCAUCAACUACCAGCCCCCCACUGUAGUUCCUGGUGGAGAUCUGGCCAAGGUCCAGAGGGCUGUAUGUAUGCUGAGCAACACCACUGCCAUCGCAGAGGCCUGGGCUCGUCUUGACCACAAGUUUGAUCUGAUGUAUGCCAAGCGGGCCUUUGUGCACUGGUAUGUGGGUGAGGGUAUGGAGGAGGGAGAGUUCUCUGAGGCCAGAGAGGACAUGGCAGCCCUGGAGAAGGAUUAUGAGGAGGUGGGAGUCGAUUCAGUUGAGGGUGAGGGAGAGGAGGAAGGAGAGGAGUAUUAACAGAAGUUGACUUGAAAGAUCCAUGAUCCUGCAUACCUAUGGAAUCUUCAAAAAUCUCAAAUAAAAAUGAAACUUCCAACAUC